AUGUCAUCUUCGCCUCCGACAACUGUCCCAUCCGUUCUUCCAUCCUCUCCGCCAUGCGCUCCACCAUCCUCUGAACCAUCCUCGUCCUCCGACGAUUCGAAAGAUGAUUUGGUCAACAUCCAGCCUUCCGAGGUCACGUUUCUCGAGACUCUGAAGACAAAAAUAAACCGGAAAAACGGCAACAACCUUGUUAUCACCUUUAAGGUUGAAAUCCGUAACAAACUUUGCGUCAUGAAAGUGUUUAAGGAUAUCGAAUAUUGGGACGCCUUUUAUACAGAAGCUAGCGCUUAUCGACUACUCAAAGAAAAGGGCCUUUGCAAGCGAGGCCUUGUUCCAAAAUUCUAUGGAACUAUUGAGUAUAUAGAUACAGAUCUCUGGCCGGAGUUGUACCAGUUUGCAAAUCAUAAAUUUCCACCUAGCGCUAUUCUGAUCGAGUAUAUACCAAACGCUAGAAAGAUCGACCUCAGCAACUUUUCGCAAGACAAUAUCGACAGGCUAUCUACAAUUCUCGCCGAGAUUCACGAGGCUGGCCUUAUCCACGGCGACUCAUAUCCUAGAAAUAUGAUGGUUGUUCAGGGAACGCCCGAUAGAGUUUUCUGGCUGGACUUUGAUCAUUCGCGGCUAAGGGAUAAGACAGACGAAGACUCUGAAUGCCUGUUCCAAUUAGAAUUAGAGAUAAUGACGGGUUUUGCAAAAAAGCACUGUCAGAGGAUGCCAAAACUGGAAAAUUAG